UUGGACUGUGCCAAGCAAGAGCCUGGCUCCUCAUCAACUUCCCUCAGUGGCCACAUCAGCGGAAUCCAUUUGCCACCUUCUCGACGCUCCUGCACGCAAUAUAAAACCCACCCUUCAUCCUAUUCGCCCCCGCUCACCCGCCCAAAUGGCGGACCAAAUGGCGGCCCAUCCCCACCGCCUCGCCACUCCCGCCCCACUCCUCCUCCUCGCCUCGAUCGUCACUGCUACAUCCUCCUUCGACAAGACGAAUCCGAUCCGAUUCGUUGUCAAUCGGGUUGAAUAUUAUGACGCCGCCAUCAUCGGCACACUCGGCCGAGCCCGACAUGCCCUCGACUUCGCCCGCUUCGCCCACAGGUACGGAAAGAGGUAUAGUUCUGCGGUGGAGAUAGGGCACCGCUUCGGGAUCUUCCUCGAGAACUUGAGCUCAUUCGCUCCACCAACCGCAAAAGCCUGCCCUAAAUACUCGGAAUAAACGGGUUCUCGAACUAGACUUGGGAGGAGUUCCAGGCGGGCCGGUUGGGAGCCGCCCAGAACUGCUCCACCACAUACCGAGGGAAUCAUUGGUUGACUAAUGAGAUCAUCCCCGGGACGCAUGACACGGGCACUGGAGGCAGCAUAUGCACAGGUUACAGGAAAGAAUAUUUCUCUAUCGGAACAGCAACUAGUGAACUGCGCUUAUGCGUUCAACAACUAUGGAUGUAAUGGAGGAUUUCCUUCCCAAGCUUAAUGCAGGAAUUGAUACUGAAGAGUCAUAUCCAUAUUCUGCAAUGAAUGGUGUCUGUUGCCGGCUCAGUGAACAUCCAAGGGUGCUGAAGAUGAUGAACUUAGGCAUGCAGUUGGUAGGUCUGGUUCGUUCCAGUUAGUGUUGCAUUUCAAGUAGUGAAGGGCUUUAGAUUCUACAACGGAGGAGUUUUUUAUACAAGCGAUACGUGCGGCCACACUGAAACGGAUGUGACCCAUGCAGUUCUGGCUGUUGGUUAUGGUGUCGAGGAUGGCAUACCAUAUUGGCUGAUCAAGAACUCAUGGGGCAAGCGAUUGGGGUCUUGAUGGCUACUUUAAGAUGGAGUUGGGAAAGAACAUGUGCAGUGAGUAUCUUACAUAUUUAGUACAAGCCUGAACCAUAAAUAUUAUUAUAAUAUACGAUACACUUAUAUACUAUGACAUGCGAUAUUGCACACGAAAAUGAUAUGGUAUGUGAGGUAGGAGUUCCUGCAUAUGUUAUAAAUAUCUAUUACAUAUACUACGUGACCUACUUUUGCACAUUUGAAUUUUGAUUUAUUUUGAAGUAGAAUUUAUCUCUUUAUUAUA